CAAACUUAGGGUCUUUUCUAAUUUCUCAAUAAAGACAUCUACACAAAAGUCAAAACCCUAGUCUUUCAGUCAUACAUAUAUCUUAGGGUUUUCUGCACGAGACUCCUAGAGCUUCGAGAGUCGAAACCCCAGCUCGCUCACUCAAUCAUCAUCAGUCUUGUAGCUUGGUAAACAUGAGCAUACCAGUUAACCCAAAACCUUUCUUGAACAAUUUGACCGGAAAGACAGUUUUUGUGAAGCUAAAAUGGGGAAUGGAGUACAAAGGUUUUCUGGUCUCUGUGGAUUCGUACAUGAAUUUGCAGUUGGCCAAUACUGAAGAGUAUAUUGAUGGACAAUUCACUGGAAAUCUUGGUGAAAUUUUGAUCCGAUGUAACAAUGUUCUUUAUCUUCGUGGAGUACCCGAGGAUGAAGAAAUUGAAGAUGCUGAGCGAGAAUGAAUAGCAGCUCGGUCAGCUUUGUGGUUUAUGUCGAAGGUCAGUUCUUAACUUUUUCUUUUAGUGGCUGCUUAGACAUCAUAACAAAAUUGAAUCUGUAGACUAAUGAGGCAUGUUUCAAUUUAAUAAAAUGUUGUGGUUUAGUCCCUUUCUAAAUGACUUCUAAGAGUUUGUAUUAAUUGUAUUCAAGUAUAAAUAGGCAAUUUACCAUAACUAAAAAGAAGCUAAUCGUUCUAAUGUGUGCUUUUAUAUAGUGAAUGAUCGAUAUCAGGUAUCUUGUCUUUUAUCAAAAUACAGAUUUUGUAUUUUUGCGCUAUUUAUAAUGCUUAUAUGGUAUUUUGUAUUUUUAAAAGCAUAUAUAUAUAUAUUUGUUAGUCGGAACUCGAAUUUAAAUAAUAAAACAUGUUUAAUAAUAUGAGUUUUAAAUUCAAAUUUAGUUAUUUAAUUACAUAUGAUUAGUUUGAUCAAAUUAACCAAAUUUGAGUUUAGUUUACCAAAAUAUGUCCAAUUUCAUAUAAGUACCAAGACCAAAUAAGAUUAUUUGAAGUACAGUGUACUAAUUUUGUUUUCUUCCAUGAAACACAGGGUACGCUUAUAAAAGACAGUAGUACUAAUUAAGUAUAGUAUAACCCCUUAUUGAGUGUAAAACAUACAAAUUCAUAGACACUGUCAUAUGAGGCAAAUUCGUCGAAAGCGGCUAAUGCACUAGUCGUAAUCAAAGAUGACCCAACACUCUUUCUAGACACUUAAAUUCACACCCCACGAUAUAAUGAUAAUUAAAAGCAAUGCACAAGAUUAAGUACCGGAGGUCAUAUAUCUACUAUCACUUUUCUACCGCCAUUCUUCCUAUCAUAGCCUUUUUAACAUGUCAUUUCCUAGGCUUCUAAGAAAAACCUACUUUUGUAUGAGUAUGAUAAAUCAGUGAGAUUUGAGAUAUUAUGAAGGAUAUCAAGAAUUUUGAAGUCAAAAACUUCAAAAUCCCUGAAGAAACAAAGCCUAAUUCUUUUAUUUAAUUAUUGCAGGGAUAAAGAUGAGCAUGGUAACGAGGGAGAGAGAGAGAGAGGGGUUUUGUAUAUCAACACUUGGUAGUAAGACGAUGAUCCAUAUAAUUUGGUCAUGGUAUUUUGUUACUUUUGUGCUCUGUGAAGAGUUUUGUGGCUGGAUUUAGGUGUUUUACCAGAUCAAGUUAAUGUAGAUGGAGAUUAUUGAA